UCCACUGGUUCUUAAUGGUCUCAGGGGCUCUUAAUGAAGUCGAGGAGGGACGGGGGGAUAAAUUUGACCAAAAAUUUCAGUCAAAUCCUCCAAAAUUUCGAUUCCUCUCUUCUUCAUCUUCCUCCCUCCUCUUUCUCGAUCUCUUUUUUAAUCAAAGCUGCCGCCUUUUUGUCUUUCGAACCUUCCAAGCAAGACUCCCGAGCGCCGCUUAUUGUAUUCGUUUAUUUUAGAGUCUGGGCAGCUCGGUGUGAUAUUUAGGCGGCAACUGCAAGCGAGUGAUUUAUGAUUCUGUAAUUGGCGUGGAUUUUUUUGCUGGAGCCCCAGUUAGGUCUUGGGGCUUUGUUGGAUCUUUUGGCGAUUUCGAAGAAGGCUUAAGUACGGCAUUCGGGGCUUUGGAAGACAACCAGAUCGAGAUUAGGGCAGAAUUUGAUAGCUGGAAAAAGAUAAAGAGUUUUCUGUUCUUGGAGGAGAGGAUCUUUGGAUUCUGUAAUAGGCUUGUGAUUCUUGAAUAUGUCGGCAGUCCAGGAGCAACUAGAAAUCAAGUUCAGGUUGCCUGAUGGAUCGGAUAUCGGCCCCAAGAAGUAUACGGAGGCUACGACCGUUUCCACUUUGAAGGAAAGCAUUCUUGCUGGAUGGCCCAAAGAGCUGGAGAAUGGCCCAAGGACCAUAAAUGAUCUCAAGUUGAUCAAUGCUGGAAAGAUACUAGAGAACAACAAAACAUUGGCAGAGUGCAGAAGUGCCAUAUGUGAUUUAUCUGGAGUUACAACCAUGCAUGUUGUUGUGAAGCCCCCCUCACAGGACAGAGGAAUUGAAAAAGAUGAUGGGAACAAUUCCAAAGGAAAUAGAUGUCGAUGUACUAUUUUAUGAUUAACAUCAUAAACUUUGUUGCAUUUAGUUAUUCAUUUAUUUUUCCUAUGGUAUAAUACUACUGUUAUGGAGGUUCCAGUUUCCUUAGGGGAUCUAAGAACAAUUCAUGGUGGUUUUUUGGGUUCUUAGAAUUUGCAGACUUGUGUUGAAAUGCAGUUUAAUAUCAUCCUCAUAAUGUGUGUCUGUGUAAAUUGAUACUAUAGAUUCUUGUACUGAGUGAGUUAUAUGUGAGAUGUGAUUGCUUUCUUGGUUUUUUUUU